AUGGCAGAGGCCGCAGCACCUAAUGACCAGGUCUCCCAGAAGCGGAAGGAGCUUGAAGCAGAAGUUUCAUCCCUUCCGGAGAAGGACAUCACGAUAGUGUUCGACGAUGAAGCAGCCACACAGAUCCAGACGCAUGCGGUGUUGCUUAUGUUGGCUUCGCCGGUCUUCAACAGCAUGUUGACACACAGCAUGAAGGAGAAGACAAGCCGACAGAUCAAGUUACCUGGCAAGAAUCCGGAAGAGUUCAAAGUGCUGCUGCAGUUUCUUCAGCCAGUGGCAGGUCGGGUGCAGAAGAUCUCGAAUGAGAACGUAGACUUUCUUGCCAGGUGGUGUGAGGAGUACGGCAUCAGCAGUUUGCUCACUGAGUGCAUGGAGUUUGUCAAAAGCCAGCCACCUUCAAUGCAGGGCAUCCUCUUUGCCUAUCGGUAUGGGGAAAACAAGUACCUGGAGAGUUGUGUUGAUUCUUUGCUACGCAGUGGCACAAAGGAUUUCACUCCUUGCUAUGACUUUCCAGAACUGGUUCAGAAAGUGCUUGAGCGCAGCCUUUGUUGUUUUGCUGCUGCAGUGUCAGCGGGACACACACACAAAGGAGGAAGGCUCGAUUUUGAUCAGCAACUGGAGUGCUGCAAAUGCCGACGAAGCUGCAGUCAUGGCUGGCAGUGCGAUCAAUGCAAGUACAAAUAG